AUGGCUGCUGCUGCGAGGAGAUUGGUUCAAUCACUUAUCAUAUUAGUACUUGCGCUGGCAAUGGCAACCUCCAAAAGGGCACUAGCAAGUGAUCCUGAUAUCAUUUCUGACUUCAUAGUCCCCCUGAAUUUCAACGGCACGAUUGAUGGAUCCUUUUUCACAUUCACUGGCUUUCGUGGCAUUUUCGAUCAAGCUCCCAAAACAUUGAAGGGGUCAAAAGCAAGCCUGGUUGAGUUCCCUGCCCUGAAUGGUCAGAGUGUGUCAUAUGCAGUGCUUCAAUUUCCUCCAAACACACUCUUCCCACCCCACACCCGCCCGGAUGCAACUGGACUUUUGUUCCUUGUUGAUGGUUCCUUGGAAGUAGGGCUAAUCGACACGAAAAACAACCUAUACACUCAAAAGCUUCAAACUGGAGAUCUGUUCAUUUUUCCUAAGGGAUUAGUCCAUUAUCAGUAUAACUCGGAUCCUCAAUUGCCAGCCACAGCCAUUGCAGCAUUCGGAAGUGCAAGUGCUAGAGCAGUUACCGUGCCGCCGGCUGUUUUCACCACUGGCAUUGACGACGCCAUCCUUGCCAAAUCAUUUAACACUGAUGUUGGCACCAUUGAGAAGAUCAGGGCUGGCCUCACUCACUAG